GAAUAGCGGCAGCGCUCAGCCUGUACAAAGUAUUGACAAGCUGACAGCGGCCAUCGUGUUCACAUGUAGCCUCACACCAACCAGUGCGGCAUGGGUCAGCACCAGGGGCGGACUGACAACUCAUGGGGCCCCCGGGCAAUAGGGGGUCAUGGGGCCCCUGUGUCCUUGCCCAAACUCAAAAAAGCCUAUGAAAAAUGUACCAGGGGCAUCUCAUGGGGCCCUCUACUGACCCUGGGCCCUUGGGCAGUGCCCGAGUUUCCAAAUGGUCAGUCCACCCCU